UCACAAACGUCGAGUUCAAAACGAAGGAAUAUUUUAAUAUAGGGUUAAACAAAUGUCAAAAUUGUUGAAAAGAAAAUUGUUUCCAUUGUUUCAUAGAUUGAAGCGUUGUAAUUCAAGGCACAAGGUGCUUUUAUUUGUUGAUUCGGAAAGCUCACAUUAUCAAAAUCGAUAAUACAAUAUGGCCUCCACUGUAGAUUUAUCAAGAUACGGAGAUUUAUGUCGAUUAUGUGCCACUAAGACAACUCUAGUUUUAGGAAUACAUAUUUUCGAAAAUGAAGGUUCUCUUAGAGAAGUUAGAAAAAAAAUUGAAUGCUGUCUUCCACUCCAGAUACACCAAACGGAUGCUUUGCCUAAAAUGAUAUGCGAAACAUGCCUUUACAAAGUAGAAGUACUUUUUGAAUUUCGUGAAAGAGUAGUUAGAACGGAGAAACUUCUUCAUGAUUUGGUGAAGGAGCUUGAUAAUGAAAAGUUACAACAGGAAGGAGCUUUAAAUGUUAUGUCCAUGGAUCCUAAUGGAUUAAUUAUGAUACCAGAGCAUCAUCUCAUUGGGCACCAAAUACAAAAUGUACAGAUGGAUUUGUCACAGUUGAAUCAAAGGAAUACUCUUGUGGUUAAUCAUGGCCUUAUUUUAACUCAAUCUCAUCAAUCUGAUGUGGAUUUGGAUCCAGGCAGUCAAAGUUUAGCCAGUUUAGACUUGAACCAUCAUGAUUUCACCUCCCAAGACUUAUCCAACCAUAGUCUACAAGCCCAAGAAGCAAUGUUAUUAAAUAGUGCCAAUACUCAUGAUCUUCAUGAUGCUCAAUUUACAGAAGAGAAUUUAGAUAUUAUACAUCAACAGAAUAUUUUACACCAGCAAAACCAAAUAUUACACGAUCAGUAUAGGCUUCCACAUGAACUAGAAGUAGACAAUUUAACUUUAGAGGAAUUAUCCCACAGUGAUGCUGUGCAUCAAAUGCAAACGGAGAAUAAAGGGAUCAGUCAUCAGCUCAGUUAUUCUCAAACUAGCAAUAUACAAGUUGCCUGUGAUUCUCAAACUAGCAAUAUACAUGUGGCCUGUGAUUCUUCAUCCAAUGACAAUAUCAAAAUGGAAUCUCAUAGUCACCACGAAGAUAGCAAUAAUGCGGACAAUCACCUUCUCAUCGACAAUGAUAGGCUUAGGAACAAUGAAGAUAAAAUUUAUCUCCUUCAAGAACAUAAUGAUUUAUUAGAUAGGAUAAAUGCAAAUACUGCAGAGAAUAUCUUUUGCAGUGUAUGCGGUUCUGAAUUCUCAAGUAAAGAGUCUUUCGAAGAGCAUUAUACCUCUCAUUUCAAUAAAUGCCCAGUUUGUUAUAUAGUGUUCACAAGUGAAGAAAUAUUGAACGUUCACAUAAAGCAAUCCCAUGAAACUCCAACUAACAAAGUACAGGAAUCUUUGCCACCAGAAGAAAUAAAACCAAUCCGAACAAGAUUAAAGAGAGCCCUCAAACCAGCAAAUGGAGCUAGUGAAAGUAGUGACGAGAAUAAUGAUGAUGAUGAUGAUGGAGAUGACAUAGAUGCUGGACGAUUAAACCAAGCAGAAGAAGUGAAAAAUGAAAUUAAAGACGAGACUAAACCAAACGAUGGAGGAAAUAACAAGCCUCAACAAAGAAAGAAGUGGACACCAAAGGUUUGCAAAGAGUGUGGUAAAGUGUAUACAACAAAUUACAAAUUGAAUGAACACAUGAGGAAACAUACUGGCGAGAAACCGUACAAGUGUGGUUCGUGUGAAAAAAGUUUCAGAUCAAAAAUAGGACUUGCACAACAUGAGGCAAAACAUACAGGACAAUAUGAAUUUUCAUGCCCGACCUGUGGAAAAGGUUUUCAAUGUAGAAGUUAUCUAAUGGUACAUCAAAGGGUUCACUCUGAUAUUAAGCCAUGGCCUUGUUCUACAUGUGGGGCUAAUUUCAAGACCAAACAGUCACUAUUAGAUCAUACAAAUCGCCAUUUAGGAGUAAAACCUUUCAUUUGUGAUGUUUGUGGGAGAGGUUUUAUUACGAAAGGUUUAUGCAAGGCCCAUCAGAAAAUCCACAAUGGUUUGGACAACCGAAAAUAUUCCUGUAAAAUUUGUAAUAAAAUGUUUGUCUCGAAAAGUUAUCUGCAAACCCAUUUAAAAAUUCAUACUGGAGAGAAGCCGUAUUCUUGCGAGGUAUGUAAUAAAGGUUUCUUGACAAGAGUGGAUUUGAAAAUUCAUUCCACGUUACAUACAGGAGAAAAAGCUUAUGUUUGUGAGAUCUGUGGAAAAGCUUUUGCAAGAAGAGAUGCCCUUAGGUGCCAUAGAAGAUCACAUACUGGAGAAAGACCUUAUAGCUGUGAUAUAUGCGGUCAAACAUUCACUCAGUUCACUCCGAUGGCCAUCCACAAGAGGUUGCACACAGGUGAAAGACCUUACACGUGUGAAGUUUGCAAAAAGACUUUUGUCUCCAAAUCGACUAUGAUGUCCCAUGCCAAAAAACAUGUAACUUGAAAAAAAUGCUUCCUAAAAUCUACAAGAUAUAUGUAUAAGACUGUAUUAUUUUAUUAAGAUUUAUUUUUAAUUUUUUACAAAUAAAUGUGAUCAGAAAUUUU